UCCGCAGCUUGACAGCAGCUCGUUAGUCGAGGGGGCUCGUGAGUGCAAUUCGCGGCGCGUGCUGCCGAACUCGCCUGCUCUAUAAAAACGCGGUCAACGACUCGUCAACGGUCAAACUGCCCCGACGCGAAGCGACGUGACGCGACGCGACGCGACGCUGUGUCCGUCCGCCCCCCACCCGGAUCCCGGUCUCCUCUCUCCGCCACCGGCAUCGGUGUGUGUGUGUCCCCCCCACCCCCCCACCCCCUGGAGGGAGAGAGAGGUGAGGUGAGGGGGGGUCCAGAGCGGGGGGAGAGCCAGACGGGGAGGACCGACCAGCAUGGACCCCCGAGCGAAGGACCGCACCACCGGCCCGGGGGCGGUGUCGGUCUUCAGCGGGCGCCCGGCCUCCCUGGGAGCCGACGGCGGGGACUCGGAGUCUGGCGCCGGCUCGGAGGACGCGUCCGUGGGCUGCGGCAGCGACACGUUCAGUAGCAGCCUGCCCGACAUGGAGCAGGAGACGCUGGAGGAGAAGCUGCGGGGACUGGCGUUCAGGAAGCAGACCUCGUAUCGGAAGGCGAUCUCGCGCUCGGGCCUCCAGCACCUGGGACCUCCGCAGCCCGCCCUGCCUCCUGCGCCCAACGGCCCCAACAAGGAGCUCCGCACCGGCGUGGACUGGACGGAGAACGCGGUGAACGGCGAUCACCUGUGGAUGGAGACGAGCUGCUCGGGGGAGCUCUGUUAUCUCGGAGAGGACACCUGCCUCCUGAAGACCGCAAAGUCGGCCCCCAGGAGGAAAUGUGCAGCUUGUAAGAUCGUUGUUCACACAGGUUGCAUAGAGCAACUAGAAAAGAUUAACUUCCGAUGUAAGCCAACGUUCAGAGAGGGAGGAUCACGAUGCCUCAGAGAUCAGAACAUUCUGAGACAUCACUGGGUUCACAGACGAAGGCAAGAAGGCAAAUGUAAACAAUGUGGCAAGAGUUUUCAACAGAAGUUCUUCCACAGUAAAGAAAUCAUCGCCAUCAGUUGUUCUUGGUGUAAACUGGCCUUCCACAACAAGGUGACGUGUUUCAUGCUGCACCAGAUCGAGGAGCCGUGUUCACUGGGGGCCCACGCUGGAGUCAUAGUGCCCCCCUCCUGGAUCAUCAAAGUCAGGAAACCACAGAGCUCACUGAAGAACUCUGCCAGGAGGAAAAAGCGGACAUCUUUCAAACGAAGGACGAGCAAGAAGGGACUGGAUGAGUCAAAAUGGCGUCCGUUCAUGCUGAAGCCGCUGCCUUCUCCUCUCAUGAAGCCCAUCUUGGUUUUUGUCAAUCCGAAGAGUGGGGGUAACCAGGGUGCCAAGGUAUUACAGAUGUUCAUGUGGAUCUUGAACCCGCGACAAGUGUUCGACCUGUCACAGGGCGGCCUGCGAGAUGCGUUGGAGUUGUAUCGGAAAGUGCCAAAUCUGAGGAUCCUCGCCUGUGGAGGCGACGGGACGGUGGGGUGGAUCCUGUCUGCUCUCGACGAGCUGCAGAUGAACCCCCAGCCUCCGGUCGCUGUUCUUCCUCUGGGAACAGGAAAUGACCUCGCCAGGACGCUCAACUGGGGCGGGGGUUACACCGACGAGCCGGUGUCCAAGGUCUUGUGUCACGUGGAGGACGGGUCAGUGGUGCAGCUCGACAGGUGGAACCUGCUCGUGGAGAAGAGUGUCCCUCAGCCGGAGGAGGGCACACAGAAGCUGCCUCUCAACGUGUUCAACAACUACUUCAGCCUGGGCUUCGACGCUCACGUCACCCUGGAGUUCCACGAGUCCAGAGAGGCCAACCCAGAAAAGUUUAACAGUCGCUUCCGCAACAAGAUGUUCUAUGCAGGAGCUGCGUUCUCAGAUUUCCUCCAGAGAAGCUCCAGGGAUUUGUCCAAGCACGUCAGAGUGGUGUGUGAUGGGACGGAUCUGACCACCAAGAUCCAGGAGCUGAAAUUCCAGUGCAUUGUGUUUCUCAACAUUCCCAGGUACUGUGCAGGCACCAUGCCGUGGGGAAACACGGGCGACCACCGGGACUUUGAGCCCCAGCGCCACGACGACGGCUGCAUCGAGGUCAUCGGCUUCACCAUGGCCUCGCUGGCGGCGCUGCAGGUCGGCGGCCACGGAGAGAGACUUCACCAGUGCAGAGAGGUCGUGUUAACCACGUUCAAGACUGUACCUGUUCAGGUGGACGGUGAGCCGUGUCGACUGGCUCCAUCCACCCUCCGCAUCUCCCUCCGAAAUCAGGCCAACAUGGUCCAGAAGAGCAAGAGACGCACGUCUGUGCCCCUGCUCAACGAUAUUCAGAAGGUGUGUGCAGCUGAUCUGCGCCGCCUCUCUGCUCCCCCCGACUCCUUCUCUGUUCCUCACGCAGUUCCAGAUCGCCUCCGUCUGCGGGUGAAUCGGAUCAGCCUGCAGGAAUACGACAGACUUCAGUACGACAAAGAACGACUCCGAGACAUCUCCAUCCCAGUCGGCAUCGUGGUGGUGCGAGGGGACUGCGACCUGGAGACGUGCCGACUCUACAUUGACAGAUUACAAGAGGAUUUACACCAGGCGCCAUCUACUGGCCACAGAGUGCACUAUCAGGACGAGAGCCGAGGUUUCCCCAGGUCCAGUUCAGCCAGUCGACUGUCUCCCAACUGGAGCUUCUUGGAUUCCACGUCAGCUGAUCGCUUCUAUCGUAUUGACAAGGCUCAGGAGCACCUCCACUUCGUGACGGAGAUCUGUCAGGACGAGGUGUUUAUCCUGGACCACGAGGGCCCCGUGGUGGGCCAGGGCUCCCCCUCGGGGAUGCCCGACCUGGUGGUGGAACCUUCUGCCGGUUCUCCACUGACAUCCGAGGAACAAGCUCUGCUGACGGCUGCCGGCUCUGGGGAUCUCUCCAUGCUGUCGGAGUGUGUGAGUCGAGGCGUCAGCUUGUUGGCCCGAGACGCUGGAGGUUGUUCGGCGCUGCACAAGUCUGCUCAGAACGGACACGCGGGCCUGGUCGGCUACAUCCUGCAACAGGGAUUCAAAGUGCUGCUGGACUUGACCGACAGAGAAAAAGGGGACACUGCCUUGCACAAAGCGGCCUCUGAGAAGCAGCAUGCUGUGUGUCGACUGCUGGUUGAGGCCGGGGCAUCGCUCGACAAGACCAACUUCCAGGGGAAGACUGCAGCGGACCAAGCGGCCGACGACUCGGAGCUCGCCACCUACCUGAGCGCCCAGCAACACAAAUCCUCCGCCCCCCACGAAGACCUGGAGACGGCAGUCUGAGGCGCUCGCGCACACACACACACACACACACACACACACACACACACACACACACACACACACACACACACACACACACUCUCACUGUGUCUCCCUGGACUCUGCACACACUCAUAGCGAAGAAGUGUU